GGCACUACCUAUAUAAACGUAAAAGAUUACUUAAUUUAUUCAUAAUACCUUUUAUUUAAACAUGGCGGCGGGCCUCAAAUGGUGUUCAUUGAUUUUGCUAGUAGCAGCUGUUGCAGCUGUGCCAGCACCAGAUCCAGUGCUCUUCAAAAAGAACGAUGGAUUGAGAUUCCAAUACUAUGACGACGGUGAAGGCAAUCUUCACCUUGUAGACCAAUGGUUCAAGGUCAGCGAUGCUAAAGAAGCCAUAAUGUACAACGCCGACACACGGAAUGUUUACCAUCUUUUUACCAGACAAAACCCCAGCCAGAGUCAACCUAUGUUGCUGGGCCAAAGCACUCUCCUUGCAAACUCGAACUUCAGUCCUGGACGCCGUACAGUCUUUCUCGUCCACGGUUUUACUCAAUCUGCGACUUCUAAUGUCAAUGCCGUUCUCGUACCAGCUUUCCUUGAGGGCGAAGACGUGAACGUGUUUGUCCUGGACUGGAACGCAGUCGCCACUAACGCUGGUGAAGCUGGUGAGAGCAUGGCUCGCGCUAUCGACUGGAUCGUCGGUGAAACCGGUACCAAUAUUGCUAACUUCCACCUCGUUGGCUUCAGUCUUGGUGCACAUAUGGCGGGUGUUGCUGGCAGAAAUGUUCAGAGUGGACGUAUCCCAUAUCUCACCGGUUUGGACCCUGGAGCGGGCAUGGAAGACAGUGGCCACAUUUUGAGCCCCGACGCCGCCAUUUACACUGAGGCUAUCCACACGAACGCUGACAUCAUGGGACAUGGCGGUCUUCUAGCUCAUUCUGACUUCUACCCUAACGGUGGAGACUACCAGCCCGGUUGUGGAGUUAACUUCGUUUGCAACCACUACAGGAGUUUCUUCUUCUUUGCGGAGACUCUGACCACCACUACCGGUUUCCUCUCGCGACGUUGCCAAACCGUUGUACAGGCCAGAACCGGCCUUUGCCCCAUUCAGACCACUAUUCGCAUGGGAGGACUGAUGCCGAAGACUGGCACAUCUGGUAUCUUCCACUUGACGACUAACGCCGAGCCUCCUUUCGGACAGUAAAUUAUGUUUUUACAUUUAUCUGUUCUUGAAUAAAUAUAGUUUUGUAUAAUAUA